GGCCAGGCCGGGCCGGGCCGGGCUCUAUGGCUACGUGGAGGCGGGACGGCCGGCUGACCGGCAGUCAGCGGCUUCUGUGCGCGGGGCUGGCGGGGACGCUCAGUCUCAGCCUCACUGCGCCCCUGGAGCUCGCCACCGUGCUGGCCCAGGUCGGCGUCGCACGAGGCCACGCCCGGGGACCAUGGGCCAUAGGACGCCGGGUGUGGCGGGCCGAGGGGCCCCGAGCCCUGUGGAAGGGGAAUGGGGUGGCGUGCUUGCGCCUCUUCCCCUGCAGUGCUGUGCAACUCGCCGCUUACCGCAAGUUUGUUGGGCUGUUCACAGAUGACUCAGGCCAUAUUUCCCAGCAGAGCUCUAUUGUGGCUGGGAGUCUCGCAGGCAUAGUCUCCACCAUUGUGACAUAUCCUACAGACCUCAUCAAAACCCGGUUAAUUGUGCAGAACAUGCUGGAACCGACUUACAAGGGAAUCUUCCAUGCUUUUUCUACUAUUUAUCAACAGGAAGGGUUCCUGGCCCUUUAUCGAGGGGUUUCCCUCACUGUUUUAGGUGCUCUUCCAUUCUCCGUGGGCUCCCUUCUUGUUUACAUGAACCUGGAGAAAAUCUGGAACAGACCCCGAGACCAGUUCUCUCUGCUGCAGAACUUUACCACUGUCUGUCUGGCUGCUGCUGUGACCCAGACCCUCUCCUUUCCCUUUGACACCGUGAAGAGAAAGAUGCAGGUCCUUCCUUUGUCGACCAGGAAUCCAGGGACUUGUUCCUACACGUUAGCCGACACUACCUCCAAUGCUACCUCUGAGGUCACUGCUGCUGAUGCCAGGAGGUGUCUUCUCCAAUCAGCUGCAGCCUGCACCACUACAGCCUUCACAGCUGCCUCUGAUACUGCUGCUGCCACCCCGAGGUCGCCUGGAGGUCUUCUUUCUGGGUACUGCUGCCCAUGCAGUUGCAGCCACCUGCUGCAUCCCCCGGAGAUCAUCUGGGUGAUGCUGCCUCCACAGCUGCAGUUGCAGCCACCACUGCAGACACCAUUGCAGUACCGCUGCUGCUGA